UCUAAAGCCUCAGUAGUCAUUUUCGACAAGGAUGGCACAUUGAUAAGUUUCGAUGAAAUGUGGAUACCAUGGGCGCAAAUCUUCGCCAAAUGUAUUGUCGAAAGUACGAAAUUAGAGAUCACCGAUGAAAUCUAUAAGACGCUGAAUUAUUCUCAUGAACUGAAACGAGUGUUACCUGGUUUGUUGGCUCAAGGAACAACAGCCCAAAUUCGAGAAGCCCUAGUACGCUUACUAAUUGCACAUGGCAUAUUGCUAAAAGAUGCAUUGAACAAUCUGGCUGAAUCCGCUACUCUGAGUGCGUUGAAAACGCUUGGAGUCGAUCGUUUCGUGAGAAUCAUAGCAUGUGGCGACGAUGCUGGAGCAAUACCAAAACCUAAUCCGCAUAAUGCACUCUCGAUCUGUCGACAACUCGACAUUGAUCCUCAGGAAGCCGUUGUUGUUGGUGAUACGUUGGCAGAUCUGGGUAUGGGACGAACGGCUAGGCUUGGAUGUACUGUAGGUGUAUUGUCCGGUGUGUGUGGACGUGAACAUCUUUCGUCAUAUGCUGAUUUUAUCAUUCCUGAUGUGGGCAAGCUAAUGCCCAUCGUCCUCAACAUGCCACCGAACGACGCAACCAAGCCACCUUCGAGAUGA